AUGGCACCUACCGAGCCAUCGCAACAAUUAAAUACAGUUGCUAAGAAAAAGAAUAACAAAAAGAAGAAGAACAAUGCAAAGCCAAAGCCACUUGACGAUGGCAGUACACUCCCAAAUACCAUGCCAGAUGGAGAACACGCUGAAACCCCAGGGAAUGAGUCUGAUGACCCAGACUCCUCCAUAAUAGAGGAUACACAUAAUGAAUCUACAAAUGGGCAUGCUACGUCGCCCACCACCAAUGGCUACUCUAACAAAGAGCCCAACUCACAAGAAACGGCCGAACCCACAGAUACAAGCGCUAGGCUAGAUGCUAUAACGCAAGAGCGCGAGGCUCUGAGAGCAGAGGUCGAGCAGCUGCGGAAACAACUUGAAGGCAUACAAGAAACCCACAAACAAGAGGUCACUCAGCUCAAGUCGGAUCUAGAAGAAUCCGAAUCCGCAAAAGAGCAAGUAGAAGAGCAGUAUCAAACCCUCAUGGGUAGAGUCGAGAAAAUCAAGGAAAGCGUUGGCAACAGAUUAGCCAGAGGAAAGGAAGAAUUAGAAGAAGCAAACCAACGUAUCGAAGAACUAGAAGGCCAGAACGAGGAACUUCAAAAGAGCGCACAAGAUCACCAAGAUGAGAUCGAAAAGCUUAAGGCCGAAUUUCAAGAUACUAUGAGAGAGUUAACCGGUUUGCGCAAUCGGAGUAACUUGUCGCUUCUUCACACAGAGAAGGAGAAGGAGGAUCUAACGCGACAAAUCCGGCAGCUAAGGGAGGAGGCAGAAGCGGCUAAGGACGCAAUGGGUGACUGGGAAGUGCUCGCAAUGGAGGAGCGGUCGAUCAGGGAGAGUCUAGCUGAGAAGGCUGCAGCGCUAGAGGAGCAGCUUUCGUCCAUGCGAGAGAGCUACGAACAGAUUGCCUCGGAACGAGAUACUCAGUCGCAAGCCGUCGACAGCCUUCAGAGAGCACUCCAGGAGAUCCAGGAGGCCCGUAAAAAGGAAUUGCGCGAGAUGGUCGAGACGUCUGAAGAACAACUCCAGGCCCUCAAGAAACUUGUUCUCGACGCGGACUCGAGAGCUACGGAAGCGGAGAAGGUCAAAGCCACGUUGCAAAAGGAACUUGAGCGCACAGCGCCUUUCGAAAAGGAGGUCAAGGAGAAGAAUCUCCUCAUUGGCAAAUUAAGACACGAGGCCAUCGUCCUCAACGAUCACUUAACUAAAGCUCUUCGAUAUCUCAAGAAAACCAAGCCCGAGGACAGUAUUGAUAGACAAAUUGUUACCAACCACUUUCUUCAAUUCCUCGCUCUUGACCGUUCCGAUCCCAAGAAGUUCCAGAUUCUCCAGAUCAUUGCCGGUCUUUUGAACUGGACAGACGAACAGAGGGAACAGGCCGGGUUAGCCCGACCAGGAGCCUCUAGCAAUUCUCUACGCCUGCCAAGUUCCCCAUUCCACAGGACGCCUAGUACGCCGUCUCUCAGCGCGGAUUUCUUUUCCGAGCCGACGCCAACAUCAGCUAGUAAAGAGUCCCUGGCUGAUUUAUGGGCUGGGUUCUUGGAACGAAGCGUGGAUGAGGCGUCUCAAGAUGGCACGUCGAGAAAGGGAAGCAUGUCGAGUACAGCUGGCACGAGACCGGAUACGCGAGGGACUCAUUAA